AUGCUUGUCCGUGUAUACGUGGGAAAUAUUGUUCAUAGCUUGAAUGCUAAUGAGCUCGAGAUACUUUCUGAUGGCAUUGUUGGUGUGGAUGAGAAGGGAAAGAUUCUUUUCAAACAGACCGGCUCGCUAGAGGACGCUUUACUGGCUCAUGGCAGCUACUAUAACAUUGACGACGAGAACACCAUUGCUGAAGUCGAAAUCGUUGAGACGGUAGGCAACCAGUUCUUUGUUCCUGGGUUUAUUGACACUCAUAUCCAUGCUUCUCAGUAUCCCAAUGUUGGUAUCUUUGGCCACUCAACCCUUUUGGACUGGCUCGAGACCUAUACCUUCCCGUUGGAAGGCUCCUACACAGAUACCAACCGGGCCGCAGAGGUCUACAACAAAGUCGUAAGCCGCGGUUUAGCAAACGGUACAACCAUGGCUUCUUACUAUGGAACGAUCCAUGUUCCUGCCACCGUCUGCUUGGCCCAGAUCGCCCAACAGCUGGGGCAGCGUGCCUUGGUCGGCAGAGUGUGCAUGGAGCGGUUUUGCCCUGAAGCUGUUCAGGACGCCUCGAUUGAAAGCGAUCGGGACUUUGUUGACAAGGUGCUUGCCCUUGAUGAAACUGGUCAACAUGUCAAGCCUAUCAUUACCCCCAGGUUUGCCCCUAGUUGCACUAUGGAGACUAUGAAGGGUUUGGCUAAGCUGGCCAGGGAGCGUGAUCUCCCGAUCCAAACGCACAUUUCGGAGAAUUCCCGUGAAAUUGCUUGGGUCAAGGAUCUUUUCCCCGAAUGCGAGAAUUAUACCGAUGUAUACGAUAAGGCCAACCUACUCAAGCAUGAUACUGUCCUUGCCCACGCCGUGCAUCUAGCUGACAGUGAAGUGGAGGUGAUCAAGAAACGGGACAGCGGCAUUUCCCACUGCCCUGUUUCUAAUGCGUCAAUUGCAAGCGGAAUUGCCCCCAUCAAGUCUUAUUUAGACAAGAACGUCAAAGUGUCUCUUGGCAGCGACGUAUCCGGCGGUUUUACCACCAGCAUUCUGGCGAAUGCCAGGGAGGCGUUGUUGAUGUCCCGACUUUUGUCUGAGAGAACGGGAAAUUCAAACGAUGUUCUUUCUGUCGGCAACGUGCUUUUCAUUGCUACUCUCGGCGGCGCCGAAGUUUGCAACGCCUCCAAUUUUGUCGGUAAUUUCGCCGUCGGCAAACAGUGGGAUGCGCAGCUUAUCAAUUUGGACGUUGAGGGGUCGCCGGUUGACGUCUUCAGCUGGCAGCUGCCCAAAGACCCUGUCGAACGAAUUGAGCACCUGGUGCACAAAUGGAUGUAUGUCGGUGAUGAUCGCAAUACUGCUAAGGUCUGGGUCGACGGCAAAUUGGUAGUUGACAAGUAG